AGCUCCUUCCUGCCCUGCUCACCACUCAUCCCCGGGGCUCUCUCACGGAGCUCCAUCGCUCAGUGUUGCAAUGAUGUGACGGGAGAAGCGGCAGUAAACACCAGACAUGUCCGGGCAGUGAGUGAUCCUCGGCCUGUGGACCCGGCUUGCAUGGCUCUCUGUCGGCCGGCUGGACAAAAGACAGCCCGCCUGCCCGCUGCAGCUUCUCCUCCUCCGGCCGGAGCCGCUUUGUGACUGUUCCUGCCCCAGAUCCCUGCAGCACCCCCCGCUCAGAAUGGCUGGACACGAGUGGGAAGACUGGUUCGAGCGGGAAGAAUUUAUCGGACAAAUCAGCGACAUCCGAGUGCAGAACCUGCAAGUUGAAAGAGAACUGGUUCAGAAGAGGACCUUUACCCGAUGGAUGAACCUGCAUUUAGAAAAGUGUGACCCCCCUAUUGAGGUCCAUGACCUUUUCCGGGACAUCCAGGAUGGACACAUCCUCAUGGCCCUGCUGGAGGAGCUCUCCGGCUGCAAGCUGCUUCAUGGGUUCAAGAAGUCCUCCCAUCGUAUUUUCAGACUCAACAACAUUGCCAAGGUCCUGUCUUUCCUGGAGGAGAGAAACGUCAAACUGGUCAGUAUCGAUGCAGCUGAUGUUGCUGAUGGAAACCCCUCCAUCAUCUUGGGGCUCAUCUGGAACAUCAUCCUCUUCUUCCAGAUUAAGGAGCUCACUGGGAACAUCAGGAGCCAGUUUCCCUCCUCCUCCAGUCUCUCCUCCAUCCCUACCAGCCCUGAAUCUGACACGUCCAACUGCAGCGUGCCAUCUGACGAGAGACAGUCGGCAUCCACGGCCAUGCGAGAGCACAGCAAGGCCAUCAAAAAACUGUUGCAGUGGGUACAAAAGCGAACACGCAAGUAUGGUGUGGCAGUGAAGGACUUUGGGAAAAGCUGGACAAGUGGUCUGGCCUUCCUGGCUGUCAUUAAGUCCAUUGACCCCAGCCUGGUGGACAUGAGGAAGGCACUGCUGAGGAACGCCAAGGAGAAUCUGGAGGACGGCUUCAGGAUAGCCCACUACAGCCUGGGCAUCCCACGCCUACUGGAGCCAGAGGAUGUGACUAUCAAUGCACCAGAUGAGCAAUCCAUCAUGACGUAUGUGUCACAGUUCCUGGAGCACUUCCCUGGCAUAGAGGAGCCGGAGGAGCACUGCCAGCUGAUUGAACGAAGUGUCUCUAUGGGCCGACUCAACUUCCGUGAGAGUGACUCCAACCACAUAAGGAAUAAUGCUUACAGAAGUAGAGUGAAGGAGAGGUCCUACAUGUUCCAGAGGGCCUGUGCCCAACCCCCACCAAAAAUCUUAAUUUCCUCUGUGUCUGAGGACAGGAGUGCCCUAACACCUCGCUUCAGGCCGACUGCAGCCCGCUCAUGGUCCAGUGAAGACUUCUUAGCAGAUUCCCCCCACAUGGAAGACAUCUCCAGCAGUGUGGUUGAAGAGGUCAAGGAAUCUGCUAGUGAGGUCUUACCUGACUUGACCUCCAACUCCCCACAACUGUCUUACACUCACUCACCCACCGGCUCAUCAGUACCCGAGUCUGUUAACACUGAGUCAAUAAUUGGCGACUCUGCAAUUAGCUCACCAGACUCCUGGGUAGAGAGUGAGUUUGGAGUGACGUCUGAGAAGUUCUGUGAGAGCCGAAGUGACAGUUCUUUGUGUGACAGUGGAACAGCCUGGGAUGUGUAUCGUGCUACCCCUGUGGAGGUCACUUCUCUUGAUGAAGGAUUUGUCCUAUCCAAAGAGGAUAGAGCCCAUGAUGAGCAGUCGAUUACAGAGUCGUAUAUUGAUGAAGGUAUUUAUUCACUGAGCUCACUGGAGAGCACCCAGGAGAGAAUUCAGGAGCAUUCUGAGAAAAAGCAAGUGGAAGUUGUUGAAGAGAAAGAGGCAAACCUUGAGAAGUGCAACCAGGACAUGGUUCAAGAACACAUACCUGAUCAUAGCAAAGCUGUGGUUACAAAAGAAGUGGACUCUAAACAGAGUCUGGAUAGAAGUCAGAGCACAGAGCAAGAAGCUUCUGUUGGACUAUCUGAUGCAGAAGAACCAACCAACUCUUGUGUUGAAAAACUUGCACGUGACCAUGACGGACACGUUAAUGGUCGAACUGAAAAUCACAAUGAGGGAAAUAUCUCUGAAGUGGAAACUGAAUGUCAGAAAAAAGAUUCUUUGUCAGAGGAGACAAGAGGGAAGUCAAGAGUGGAGUCAGGAGUUUUAAAGGAAAGGGGUCAAGGGGUAGUAGAAAGUCAAGAUGAAGCAAGUGCAGAAGUUCUAGGGGACAACCUGAAUGCUAAUGAAAGCUUUAGCUCAGAGACUUCAGCAAACACACAGCCAACCAACCAAGAAAGAGAUUCAAAAACAAGUCUGGACCCAAGCAUGGGCAUAAACAUUCCUCUGAUCUCUAUUUCCACUGAGCCAAAAGAGCAGGACAAAGAGGGGACAUGUGACCCAGGAAGACAAGACAACAAUCAUCCCCAGCAUGAUGUGGUACAUCAUGCUGGAGAUGAUGAGGUACAUCAGGCAAAGGAAACUGAUACAAAUAUCAACAGCCCUCAAAAUUUACAUGAAUUGAGCAGUGAGUCCAGUGGCAAUGUUGACGAUACCUCUGUUGAGAUUCCUUCCUGCCUGGUUUCAGAAAAUGUUAAACCAACAGCUUCGGGACUAAUGACGGACAGAGAAAGUGGCCAUUUGGAUGAACAUGAAAGCAGAUCAUCAAAUGUAGAAGUAUGUGGAGCAGACACAGGAGAUAACAGGGCCAUUAGUGAAGUCAGACAGAAAUGUGAGUCCCCUCACCACGACUCCCAGACAGGUAACACUGAGAAGGACUUGAAUUCUCAGACUUCUUCUACGGAUGCUGAAUCUAAACCUGUGAAUACUGUGCAGCAAAUAGAUUCAACUGAUCAACCUGAUGAACACCAGAACAAACUGGAUGACAUCUUCUCUGACAAUAAAACAGACAUCACGGAGAAGAACACACUUGAUCCAGUCAACUCGAAACCCAAUGGUAUAACAGGGACUUCCAAUUAUGAACCAGGAGUGUCCGCAGAUAUGGGCUUGUUUUACUUAGACUUUGAUCAGAAUUCUCCCAUAGAGGAUGUAGUUGGUGACCCUAUUGAACCCAUGGAUCUCUUCUACCCUGAUAAAGAGGAGCCUGUGUUUACAGAGCCACCUGAUACUGAAAUGCAGAGUUGGCCUUCAGUUUUGAGUGUAUCUGCACUCCAGCCAGCACCAGCUUCAGAGACUCAACCAGACCAACCACUCAGCCUGCUGGAUGAAGACUUUAGGAAUGGGGUGGAUUCAAUGCAAGAGAAUGACAAGGUGAUCACGAAGACCAACCUGGACACCGACAGAGCAUCUGAUUCCCAGGCACGCAGUUUGUUGCCCGGGGAGAAGAUAGAAGGACUCUGGGGUGGUGAUGUUUCAGCAGAUGGCAGUGAUCUCAGUGGGGCUGAGCAGCACAGCUCAGACUUUGCCAGGGAAAACACAGAGUCUGUGAGGAGUGCCAGUAAAAGUUCCAACAGACAAGAAGAAAGCCAGAUCCUUCCAGUGCUCCGUCACAGAAAGGGGGCUCGCUUCUCUGAGGCCAAGAUCAAUCAGACAGCCACGACUGCAGUGGCCAGAGAAGAAGACAAUGGUGACUCCGAUUUUUGGUGCAGUGAAAGCUGGGAGCUGUAUCUGCUGCUGCUGCUGUGGCUGCUGCUCUACUGUUUCUGGCUGCUUCCACAGAUGGACCUGAAGACACUGCCCAGCCUGCUGCUGAACCUCAACCACUGAACACACACACACACACACACACACACACACACAUACACACACAUACAUAGUUCCAGGAAAAAUGAUAAUUUUGUCAAAUAUAUCAACUUUAAAUGCAUCCAGCUACACACAUACAGCUCAACUGCCACUGCUCUUUUCUUUCCAUUACACUGACUGUGCUCCAGAUCAAGUGAAGGUAUUUAAAAGAUGUGUAUUUCAAACUACUAGAGCUUUUUUAGGUUUUUUGCUUUUUAGCUUUUGAUGUGGCUUGAAGUUAUCUGUAUGACAAUGUAUCAGGACCACUGCUCGGGAAUAAUGAAGUCAGAGAUUUUAAGAUAAUCAUUGCAAUUUUUUGAGAAAAACUCAAAAUGAUAUUGUAAUUUCUACUUAAUGAAACAUGUCAUAAUGUGUGAAAAAUAAAGGUUGGAUAGGAAAGGAUGAAAUAAAGAAAAAAGUUGUAUUCUAAGAUUUAAUUUGUAAAUGCCCAGAAAAAAAUAGGUUGUAGGUGAAUUAGAAAAAAUCAUAAUAUUUGGAAACCUUAGUUUAUUUUGAAGGGAAACAAAAUCAUUGUUUUGAAAAUCAACUUGUAAUUCUGAGGGAGGAAAUGUUAAAAUAUUGUAAUAAAUAUGUUUUAACUUCAUUGUAAAAUCAAAAUUCUCUUUUUUCUCUAAAUAAUGAAAAAAAUGUGGCUUCAUCAGUGUAAUAUUAUAUAUUUUUCCCCAAAAUAACAACUUCCUUCUCAUAAUAUUGCCAUGUUUCUCAAAAUGUCAGUUUUAUUCUGGAAAUCUCUGCCACAAUCUAACUGUGGCAGUAAUGUUCUGUUUUUAACAAACAGAAGUUAAUAGUUUAUUUAUUCAGAGAUUUUAAGAAAACCAUUGCAAUAUUUUGAGAAAAACUCCAAAUUAAAUUGUAAUUUUUACUAAAUGAAACAUGUCAUGUGUGGAAAAAUAAAGGUGUAUGACCUGGGUGAAAUAAAAAAAGUUGUUUUUUAAGAUUUAAUUUGUAAAUGCCCAGAAAAAAUACAUCAAAUAUCAGAUUGUAGUUGAAUGAGAAAAAAUCAUAAUAUUUUGAAACCUUAGUUUAUUUUGAAGGGAAACAAAAUUAUGAAAAUCAACUUGUAAUUCUGAGGAAAUUUCAAAAUAUUGUAAUAAAUACAUUUUAACUUCCUUGUAAAAUCAAAAAUCUCUUUAUUCUCUAAAUUAAAAAAAUAAAAGAAAUAACAACAUCCUUCUCAUAAUAUUGCCAUGUUUCUCAAUAUGUCACAGUUUUAUUCUGGAAAUCUCCAAACUGUGGCAGUAAUAUUCUGUUUUUACCACACAUCAAAGUUAAUGGUUUAUUUAUUCAGAGAUUUUAAGAAAAUCAUUCUAAAAUACUGUAAUAAAUAUUUAACUUGUAACAUCAAAAUUCUCAAUCAGGACUUUAUUAUCUAAAUAAACAAAUAAAAAUGAGGGCUUUGUCAGUGUAAUAUUAUACAUUUCCCCCAAAAAUAACAGCUUCCUUCCCAUAAUAUUGCCAUGUUUCUCAAAAUAUUACAGUUUUAUUCUGAAAAUCUCCUAACUGUGGCAGUGAUGUUCUGUUUUAACACACAUAGAAGUUAAUGGUUUAUUGCUGUGCAAAGCCAACUGAGCUGACAUUGUAAGACAAUAAUGACUGUAGAGAACACUUUAGUUUGUAGAUAGAGAUGUAUACUAUGGAUUUAUGGAUGCACAGUUGCCUGAAUAGCCAUUUAAGAAGAUGUUGUAAGUAAAAAAAGUACUUUUAAGCUAAAAUGACUUUAAGCUGAUGAUAAAAACUGGAGAUAGUGGAGCUGAAGCAGCAAAAUCUACAGUAUCUGAUAAAGCCAGGCUUUUUGAGCUUAUGUACCUGUACUUUUGUAAAGAUAACUAAUGAAGGGGAAUCUGCUGCACUUUUGACAAAUAAUACAAACUGCCAAAGAUAAAGUGGUGAAAGUGCUAAUACAGAAAGUGCAUAACUCACCACAAGCCUGGUAAUAGAUAUAUUGUUUUAGCACAUAGAAAGUCUAUAACUCUUGUACUAAAGCAUCACCCCAGCUCUAUAUUGUAUAAUAGUUGAGGCAGAAUAUGUAUUUGUAAUAUUUUAUGGCUCAUAAUGGAUUUUUAAAAAUUUUAUGAUAAAGAAAAUGUUUUAUGUGAUUGAGCUAUGCUUGAGCUUGUCAAUGGAAAGAGAAUGCUUUAUGAUUAAAUAUCUUUCUAUAUGUCAUUUUUGAAUAUUGUCUGUUAUGACGAGAUGAACCUCCUUCGUUUGAUCAUUUUUCCACACCAGCUGACCAGUGGGUGAAGUCUGUCUGUACUCUGGGUAUAAAUCAUAGACUGUAUAAAAUAUGUAUAAAUACUACACUGUAAAAAAAGUCCUGUUGUUUUUACAGAAAAAAAAAUGGCAGCUGUGGUUACCAGAAUAUUUCCGUAAGAAAUACAGUACAUAUGUCAACAUCUUUACAGAACAACUUGUAAAUUUUACAUCCUAAAACUGUAGUAAUUAAAAAAAACACUUUAAAUUUGUAGAUUACAGCAUCCUUUACUGCUAAUUUAACAGGAUGAUGUUGCUUUUAUACUAAUUUUUAAUGCAAAAUUUACAUGCAGAUUUUGCAUGUUGUGCACUGAAUACCAGUAAAUUUUAAGUUGUUCUGUAAAGUUGUUUACAGUUGUACUGUAUUUUUUGCAGAAUUAUUCUGGUGACCACAGCUGACAUUUUUGUUCUGUAAAAGCAACAGAAUUUUUUUACAGUGUAGUGAUGUGCCAACGAAGCCUCAUGAACCAUUUUCUUUAUUUUCUGAGCCCACUAGAUGGAGCUCUCUGUUCAACAAAGGGCUGAAAACACACCCAAAACCUUUAUUGGAGCCUUUUUUUUUUUUAUAUCAAGAGCGCCAUCUAGUGGAGUCAAAAUAUAAGGAGAAUUGUCCAUGAGGCUUCAUUGGCACAUCACUAAUAAAUACAGCUCCUCCACCCACUGACUAAGGACCAUUCAAUCCAGAUCACUAUAAACUGGGUCGUCCCUAUUAACACAGUGCAUCACCAACACAUCUCAGUCAAUAUGUGUGGAUGUGUUUUUGUGCUUUUAUCCUUGUGAGAACUAGAGCUGUGUCCCAAUUCUAUACAAUGUCUUCACUGCAUACAGUAUAAACUAUAUAAUGAUUGUCUUGGUGUACUGUAUACAAAAAGUCAAUUUACUUUUGUAUUUUCUUUUUACUUUAAUGCACUUUGCAGGAAAGUUCACUCGGAUGACAUCACAUUUCAAAAUGUUUUUGCUUUCGUAAAUAAGCACAUACCAAAGUUAUUAUAGUUAACGAAAACUAGAAUUGAAAAAAACAUUUUCGUUAACUGAAAUAAAAAUAAAAACGAGAGUUUUUUUUAAAACAAUACAUAACUGAAACUGUAUUUUGUGGUUACAAAACUAACUGAAAUUAUAGUGAAAAUGUCCUUCCUUUUCUUCUUUGUCAACUUUUUUCAUACGUAAACCUUUUUGGUUGAUAUGAAAUCUAUUUCAUCUAUCUGGUUUUAUGACUUAAUAAACUUAUUGGGGCUGAGAUGGAUCAGACAAAGGAAAUAAAGGAAACAUUUACUGUGACUUUUUUGAAUCUCGCACCCAACAAAUA